UUCUUCCUCAGAAUCCACACAAAGUUUCAAUCUUUUUGCUUCCAUUACCAAAGAAAACAGAAACAAAAAAUGUCUCUCUAUCUUUCAAACCUCACAAUCUCUCUCCCCAUAUCAUCCCAAAAAACCAGUACCAAUUCCAAGCUCUUAUGUCCCAAAACCCCCAAUUUUUUGAACCCAAUGGGUAGUUUUAUUAACAGAGGUUGUAGCAAUGGCAUUAAGGCUAUGGCUGGAGAUGGGAGGGACAGUCUUGACCAUUUGCAGAGAGCAAACAAGAGCCAACAACAAUCUCAACCACCCAAGAAAAGAGUUGCCGAAGCUCCUUCCAUAGGGUUGUGGGAUAGAUUUCCAACAGCAAGGACAGUGCAACAAAUGAUGGAAACCAUGGAGAGGAUGAUGGAAGACCCUUUUGUCUACACCAGCGGGUGGCCGUCGCCGACAUUAACCGAGACCGGCGGGUACAGCAGGGGAAGGACUCCAUGGGAGAUAAAGGAAGUAAAGGGGGAGUACAAGAUGAGAUUUGACAUGCCCGGUAUGACCAAAGAUGAUGUGAAGGUCUAUGUUGAAGAGAAAAUGUUGGUUGUCAAGGCUGAGAAAAUGCCCAAGGACAGAAAUGGCCAAGAAAGUGAGGUAGAAAAUGAAGAGUGGUCUGCAAAGAGCUAUGGUAAGUAUAAUAGUAGAGUUGCUCUGCCUGAGAAUGUUGAGUUUGAGAAGAUUAAAGCUGAAAUUAAAGAUGGGGUUUUGUAUAUAACUAUACCUAAAGCUAGUGGCACUUCCAAGGUUUUGGACAUUAAUGUUCAAUGAGUAGAUGAAUGUAUAAUCAAUCAUUAGGGUUAAUUUAGUGGUUAGAUUUCCAUGUUAGUGAGUUUAAUUUUUCCUCUCCUCCAAUAUAGUGAAAAAGAGUGUAGUCUUUUCAAUUAAGUAUUUUGUUCUCUUUAAAUAUUUUGUGUUGGUUUCA